AUGAAGGAGGAUUUGGGAGUCUGGCUUCAGUAUCUGACGGGGUACAACAGGGUCUCCAUGUGGCAACAGCCCCUGGAUUUACAGGAUGCCAUUCAGAUACACUCUGACUCGGCCGGGACAGCAGGGUUCAGGGUCUUUUAUGAAGGCCGCUGGUGUGAACAGCCUUGGCCCAAGUCCUGGGGAGGGUCGGCGGUUCUCAAGGAUCUCACCUUCCUUGAGCUCUUCCCAAUAGAGGGCAAAUUUACAUCUGGGGACCCUGACUGGGGGGCCAUGCCCAGUACAAACCAUGAAGGCAUACCUAGCGAUGCGGCCGUGAAAGGGCGGCCCCUUGCUUAUCUGCAGGGAUGGGGGCCCGUUGACCAGAUGCCUCUCCAAAACACCACAGAUACAGAAAAGCAAACAAAUAUUACAGAGUUCAUCCUUAUAGGGUUCAGAAAUCUUCAAGAACUUCAAGCUCUUCUCUUCUUAUGCUUCCUGUUUAUCUACAUGAUGACCUUGGCUGGGAACAUCCUCAUGGUUAUACUUGUUGUAGCUGAUAAGCAUCUUCAUAUUCCAAUGUACUUCUUCCUUGGGAAUUUUUCCUGCCUGGAAACCUUCUAUAGUACGACCAUCCUGCCCAAAACUCUGGUCAGUCUUCUGACUGGGGACAAAACCAUUUCAUUCAACCUCUGCUUUGUACAGCAUUACUUUUUUGCAUCUCUGGGGGCAGCUGAGUGCUAUCUUUUAUCUGUGAUGUCUUAUGACCGGUACUUAGCAAUAUGCUGGCCCUUGCAUUACACAAACCGUAUGAAUGGGAAAUUCUGUAUACAGUUGGUUGGCAGCUCUUUCCUCAGUGGGUUUCUAGGUAUUUCAAUAACCAUCAUAUUAGUGUCCAGAUUAUCUUUUUGUGGCCCCAAUGAAAUCAAUCAUUUCUUCUGUGAUGUUUUUCCUCUCAUAGAUUUGUCUUGCAGUGAUACCCAUCUUUUGAGAAUCCUCAUUUACCUUGUUGCCUCUGUUUUUACCCUUCCUCCAUUUUUGUUGACCCUAAUAUCAUAUAUUUGUAUUAUAACCACCAUAAUGAGAAUACCAUCCACCAGUGGCAGGCAAAAGGCUUUUUCAACCUGCUCUUCUCACCUUAUUGUUGUUACCAUUUUUUAUGGUACAAUAACUAUUGUCUACAUUUUGCCCAAUACUGACACACUGAGAGACUUCAAUAAAGUCUUAUCUGUUUUUUAUGCGGUCUUGACUCCUAUGAUAAAUCCACUUGUCUACAGCCUGAGGAACAAAGAAGUCAAGAAGGCACUGAGGAGACAGAUUGAUCAGCUGUUCACAAAAAUGUAG